AUGCUGAUGUCACUGCCGGAAGGGGCGGGGGACGAGGACACACCGGAAACGGUGCAUUUUUCGUCUUGCGGAGCGGAAAAUGUCAACAGGAGGAAGGAACUGAUGCAGGACAAGACGCCGAAUCGAGGCGACGCCCAGCUUUGGGGCCAGGAUCCGGUUGUGACUCUAGGGCUGCUUCCCCUUCCCGUCGAGGCGAAGGCCGCGGGGAGGAGAGGGGAGCCCUGCGAGGCGGCGCCGCCUCCCGCCCCCGCUGCCCGGGAUCCCCCGCCCCGUCCGGCCCCGGCCCGCCCCGCCGCCCGGCCCCAUAAAGGGCGAGCGCGGAGGGCGGCGCCGGGGAGCCGGCGUUGGCGUGGCGGGGCGCCGGGUGGUCAGCGAGAGCGGGGCCGGAGCUCGGCCGCGCCGUCGGGGAGGCGCCGGAUCCCUGGGUGGAGGCUGCUCGUGCUGCCGCUUGGCCCCGGCCGGCGGCGGCGGCGGCGGCGGCGGCGGGGCCUGGGCAGGCUGGCCAGCAUGGGCGAAGACGGGGCGGCGGGCGAGGCGCGGCCGGAGGGCGGCGGCGCCAGCCCGGUGCCGUCGGGCAGCCGCAGCCCCAGCCUGCAGCCGGCGGCGGGGGGCUCCGGGGGGGCGUCGGCGGGGGGCGGCGAGGGGGGCGCGCAGGUGAACGCCAUCACGGUGCUGACGCUGCUGGACAAGCUGGUGCACAUGCUGGAGGCGGUGCAGGAGAAGCAGCAGCGCAUGGAGGGCCGGCAGCUGGAGCUGGAGGCGGCCGUCAAGGGGGUGCAGGGCGACCUGGGCAAGCUGUGCAAGAGCCACGCCUCCACCAGCAACACGGUGGCCAAGCUGCUGGAGAAGUCGCGCAAGGUCAGCGCCCACACCCGCGACGUGCGCGAGCGCAUGGACCGCCAGUGCGCCCAGGUCAAGCGGCUGGAGCACAACCACGCCCAGCUCCUGCGCAGGAACCACUUCAAGGUGCUCAUCUUCCAGGAAGAAAACGAGAUCCCUGCCAGCGUGUUCGUGAAAGAACCCGUUCCCAGUAUCACCGAGGGGAAGGAAGAGCCUGUUGACGAGAACAAAACUUUGGAAGACACCAUGCACACCGUGGAGCUGUCGUCGGAGGACGAGGCGCACCACGACGAAGACGGCGCGGACGACAGCCUGGAUGAGAAAAUGGAGGAGACGAGGGCCGAGAAAAUCAAGAGGUCAAGCCUGAAGAAGGUGGACAGCCUGAAGAAAGCGUUUUCCCGCCAGAACAUUGAGAAGAAGAUGAAUAAGAUCGUCUCUCCUGAACGGAGGGAGAAGAUUAAGAAGUCCUUCACCCCUAACCACCAGAAGUCCACCUCCUCGAAAAGUUCGUCUUUCAAGGUCUCGCCCCUUACGUUCAACGUGAAGAAAGUUCGCGAGGGAGACGCUCCCGCAGAAACGGAAGAGAAGCCAGCAGAAGCGACCGGCAGUGAGCAGGCAGUCAACGACGAGGAAACCUCUUUCACGGAGAUCCCCUCCGACCUGAUCUCUCCCACUUCUCCAGCCGAAGAGGGGAAAGCCUUUGCCGAUUCCCUAGAAAAAGAAACCAGGAGCGAAGAAGAAGCGGUGGUCAACAACAACGUUGAGCUCGCCAUUGUCGAAGAAGACGAAGACUAUGGGGCGUCCGUGCGAAGCAGAAGGGAGUAUUACGAAGAAGGAAACGCGCCGGUCAGCAGGGAAACGGAACAGUCGGAUGAAGAAUCGAACCAAGCCGCUGUCCUGCAGUUAAACCAAACGGCGUAGGCCCUCUGAGC